UAUCUGUGGUUGUAAUUGACAUUUGUUAAUUUUACAGUUUUUCUCAAUUUUUUCACGAUUUCAAACAUUUUCAGGCAUCUCAAUCUAUUUUAAGACGAAUGACUGAUAAGGGUUUCCCUGAAUUCUUGAUUUUACCAGCUCUUUAACGUUAUGUUUUUCUAUGAUCGUAAAACAGACGACGGAAGACUAUUCCAUGAAUAGUGUAUAGACUGCAGUGGUAGGUUCAUAGGGACAAUAAAAUAAUAUGCAAUGGACAAACAAGAGUUGGAGCGGUCGCUGGGUGUGCGGGGUGCUGUUGUUAAUAAUAUGUGGACUAGCAGCUGCUCAGGAUAUCGGUAAUCCAUACAAGAUAUUAGGCGUCCACCGAAGAGCUACGCUCCCUGAAAUCCGCAAGGCUUACAGGCAACUGGCGAAGGAGUGGCAUCCAGAUAAAAAUGAAGACCCAAAUGCAGAAUCACGCUUUGUUGAGAUCAAACAGGCAUAUGAAUUGCUAACAGAUACAGAACGACGGCAGGCAUAUGACCUUUAUGGUAUAACUAAUGAAGAUGAACACAUUUAUAAACAGCGACAUGAUUACAGUCAGUAUGCUAGGUUUAGCAAUGAUCCAUUCGAGGAAUUCUUUGGCACACACUUCCGAACACAAGACCAAGAUAUUACAUUGUUCCAUAAGUUGUCUGUCACUGCACGGCACUUUGAAAACCAUAUUAUGGAGAAGAGUGUUCAUACACCAGCGUUAGUUCUCUUCUACACUGACUGGUGUUUUGAUUGUGUCCGCUCCGCUGCAGCUUGGAGGAGGCUGGUGGAAGCAUUACAGCCAUUGGGUAUCACCCUGGCUACGGUCCACGCGGGACAUGAGGCUGCUCUAGCCAGACGUGUGGGAGUACACGGAGUGCCUUGUCUCACACUUGUCAUUGAUAAACAAGUGUACAUAUAUAAGGAAGGUUUGGGAUCUAUGCCCAAGAUAUUGGAGUUCAUCCGUUGGAAGUUCCCAUACAAGUUGGUGGUGAACCUGAACGACUACAAUGUGGACGCGUUCGUCAGCGAUUUCGAGGACAAUCGCGUUAAGGCGCUUAUUUUCGAAGAGCGGCCGAACAUCCGGAUGCGGUAUCUCAUCACCGCAUUCCAUUAUAGAGAGAGGGUGUCGUUCGCUUUCGUUGACAUGACGUCACGCGACAGCGUCAACGUGACGUCACGGUUCAAGGCGCACCGCAACGCGGACAGCAUGGUGCUGCUGAAGGAGGACCGCGCGGAGCCCGCGGCCAGCGUCAGCACCGCAGAGAUACCCACGCAAACGCUGCGCCAGCUAAUCGACGACAACAGGCUGCUCACCCUGCCGCGCCUCUCCUCGCAGAGCGUGCUGGAGGCGGCGUGCCCGGUAGAGUGGCGCGCGGCGCGGCGGCGGCUAUGCUGCGUGGUGCUGGGCCCGCGCGGCGCCGCGCUGGCGGAGCUGCGCGCGCUGGCUCGCGCCGCGCCCGACAGGCUGCGAUAUGCAUACGUCUAUGCGCACGCGCAGCCCGACUUUGUGCAAGCGCUUGCCAACGGCUCCGGUAUAGAUGUAUCAGAGAUGGAGCAUCGCAUCGUGGUGAUAUGGCGGCGGGAGCCCACGCGUAUACAGUACGAGUGGCUGAACGAGACGUGGCCGACGUGCGCGCGGCUCAACGACACCAAGCGAGCGUUAGAUAACCUCAUCAAGCGACUACUAAAGCCUACUGAGAUGAUGGCGUACGAGACACACGUGCAGGAGCUGGCGGACGAGGCGGCGCGCGGCGCGGCGUGGCGCGCGCUGGCGCGGCUGUGCGAGUGGGCGGAGCGCGCGGCGCUGGCGCUGCGCACGCACCACGCGCUCUCCGCGCUCUCCGUGCUCGCCACCGUCGCCGGCGUGCUGGCCGCCGGCUACCUCAUGGCAUACCUCAUACGGUUGGAAGAAGAAUCCGUACAGAAACAGAAGGAAGAACGAAGACGACAGAAUGGAGACAGCAAGAAGACUUUGAACGACCCCUUACUGGAACUGAGGCUGCACGAACUUAGAGCUGAGAAAUAUAAUGGUCUUGUGCGUCUGAUGAAGCCCGGCUGCCGCACCAUCGUGGUGCUGGUGGACCUGCAGAGCCGCGUGCAGCUGCUCUCCAAGUUCCACAAGAUUGUAUGGCCAUACCGCAAGAACAAGACGCUAGUAUUCGCGUAUUUGUGCGUGGAGCGCAACGUGGAGUGGUUCCGGCGCGUGCUGCAGCUGUCGCUGGGCGGCGGCGAGCUGCGCGUCAACGCGCGCAACUGCGUCGGCACCGUGCUGGCGCUCAACCCGCACCGCAAGUACUUCUGCAUCUACCACGCUAAGCACCCCGAGUGCGCUAAGCCGCACAAGCGCAUGAGCCGCAUGACGCGGUCGCUGGGCGGCUGGGCGGGCGACCCGGAGGCGGGCGCCUUCAUCGGCUUCCACACCGAGCCCGACUCCUCCUCCGACGAGGCGCCCGACCCGCCCGUGCUGCUGCAAGAGAAUCUUCUAGACGGUCUGCCGAACUGGUUGGAUCGUCUGUUCGAAGGCAGCACUCACCGCUACUACAUCAACUACUGGCCCGACAUGACCUCCAAGUGACCUCACAACUCCUGGAUGAUGGACCCAUCAGCUCGAUAGCUGAUCACCUUAUGGUAUGUUUCUCGUCAACCUGUAUUUAAUCUAGCAUAGAUAAUUUAAUAUUGUAUGGCAAUUUUUUUUAUUGUCUAUGGUGUGCUCUCUGACGAAAUAUCUAUGGUUUGUAUAAUCUGGUUGUUUUGUAUUUGUAUAUUGGUUUGUUAAGUGUAUACGGUAUUAUAUAUAUGUCUAGUAUGUUAUGGCAGGUUUGUUAUGUAUCUUUUCCUAUUAAAUAAUGUUUACCAAGGAUUUAAAUGCUUAGAUUUAGUCGUUUUUAUUUUUUAUUAAUGAAUUCUAAAAUAUAUUUCAAUUGUGCAUGUAUUUAAAUCUUUGCUUAUGUUUUGUUUGUGUCAAUUUAUCUAUUUUUAAGGUCUUUGAUCUGUUUUAUUACUAAUAUUGAAUAAUUUAUGGUAACGUGUGGUCCAAGUAUCAUUUAAAUUGUAUUGUUAACAGUUCAGGUACUGCACAAUUCUGUUAAUAACCCUUACAAUGCCACUAUAGUAAAAAUCUUGUGGCAGCGAAUGUGUUAAUAGUUUCGAUUUUUGUUAUAACUGACUUUUUCGAUAUCUUUAACACUAUUUGAGUAACAAUGCACUUGUAUCUCUUAGUACUAUAUUUAGCUGGAUUCUUUAUACUGUAGAUAAAUCUAAAUAAUAAAAUAAAAACACUUCCAAUUUGGUACUCGUCACUUUGAAACCUCGUCUUGACAUAAUUUCCUUUUAUAUUAUAAAGUGUCUAUAUAAAUAAGCCGUAUUUAAUAAACGAACAAAUAGUGGAAUGACUAAUAAAUAUGUAACUAUUGGAAUUUAGAUAAAUACCACGGAAUAGAUUUGACGACGUUUAUUAUAGUUUAGUUUAUUAUAGCUUGUACAAAGGUGACAGUGAAAAAUUACAAUAUGCAAAGAAUAAAAAUCAUAGAUUAACAAACUUAAAACCAUUUAGUCAGACAGAUAAUAAAAGUUAUUUUACACAAAUCAAAUUCCAAUAGAAUGUUAACGUCUAGGGGAUUGUAAGAGAUUCAGAAGCUAAGUAUUUAAUAUUCGUUCCCGUAUUUGGCUGAAAUCGUCUUAUAUGAAAAAUCAUGUAUUAAUUUUUACACUUGCCUACGCUUAUCUUGCCUUUUUUAAUGUGAGCAGCUAUGGCCAUAGCUAAAUUAAUUUUACUAUAUGACAUAAUGGUGUUGCCAAAUAUUUGACGCUGUAUUGCCAGUGCUGAAAAUUUUAAUGCUCAUAAACGCGACAGAAGCUUAAAUUUAGCUUUCCAGAUAUAAGAAAACAAGAAAAUCAUUGCAUUAAAUAUCUGACUUGUAAUAAAAUUAAUUUUAGAGUAAAAACUAAAGUUCAGUAUUUAAAAUUUUAAACUGGUUUAAGUGAAUUUCUUUUAUUAAUUAGGGAAGCAUAAUUAUGCAGAGUUGGAUAAAUUAUCACAAAGAUAAAGUAUUAAAUAACAAAUUGCUAGUCAAACUUUUUAUAAGAAAUGUAGUUAACUGCGUAGUUUAAAUUGUAGUGUUAAAUGCAAAAUGUAUUAUGAAUUUUAUAUAAUGCGUACAGAAAAGGAUUGAAAUUGUCUUUAAUAGAUGGAUUUCAGUGUGGUGCCUUUAAUGUUAAAUGAUAUGGUGUUUUUACCAUUUAUAUUGUAACUUUUAUUUAUAAAUGUUACAUCAGCCUAUGUGAUAACGAUGGCCAGUCUAAACUCUUAAAAAUGUGAUUUUAAAAGCAUAUUACAAAAUGUAUACCCUUUACUGUGUUACUAAAGGUGAAGAAUAGUAAAAAAAUCAAACGAUGUUUUUAUAUAUUUUCGUGAUAUGCUCCUUUUUGUUUUCUAACUUGAAGAUUGUCAGUCAAAUAUAACCUAAACCGGCUGAUAUUAAAAUAAAAUCGAUUGUAGGCCCAAUGCGAUUAACAAUCUCGGUAUCUUUGAAAUUUCAAGUAUUUAUGUGACAUUUAUAAGUAAACUGUUAUAAAUGGGUGUUUUCAGCUUUGUGAUAAGUCCUUUACUGUACAAGUAGGUAGUUCAGUAUUGCCAUGUUCUAGGCAUAUUUAAUUGCACUUAAAAAACUCCCAAGAAAAUGGACUUAUCCAUACAAUAAUACUUGUUACUGCCAUUAAGUCAUUAUCCAUAAAAAUAAGGUUUUGAGGUCAACUGUAUUGUAGAUAUGAUUAAAAUUAUUAUCCUAUAGAAGUGUUUUGCAAUUUCGCAGGUGAUAUUGUUGACCAAUUCUUGAUUGAAAAGUCAUUUUGUUAUCUAGAGAUGUUAGAAUUUUUACAUAUUUUCAGUCAUUUGAUCAAUGUCACCCUCAAAAUAAAGUUUUCAAAUGCAUGUUUACCUUAAUCCGAGCAAUUUGAAGUAUUUCGAGUAUCUUUAAGCUAAUGCAUUUUAUGUAUGUAUCAAAUUGUAUGGAAAUCCACCGGAAGGUGUAUGAACAUCAAUUUAAUUGUUUACAUAGACUAUUGCAUCUUAUAUUCAAAAUGUUUGUUAUAUAAUCUGUUAUUACGGUUUUAAUGUGUUUUAUCUGUGGGCGAGUGUUGCCAUGUUCUGUAUUGUUAUUUACCAGAUUUGGUGUCUGUAUAUGGGUUGUUGUCUCUCUAUAAUAAAGUAAAUGUACCUUAUCUAAUGGUUUCUAUUUAUAAUAGUAAAAUUCUGUAUCUAAAUCCUUAAUUCCAGUAUCAAUUUGUACAAUAAUAUUAAACACUGUUCUUUGA